AUGGAGGAUACACAUCCACAAACAGCUGAAAGCUCACUCGAUGACUUCCUCGCAGAUGCCGAGGUUCAAGAGCUGGCGCGACAAUUUACUCAACAGUCUACCGAAUUGGAAAGAACCGGUACCGAACUCUCGCGGGUGUCAACUAGAUUAUCACAGAUUUCUGCAACUGGUGAAAAUCCCUUUGGAGAUGAAGAUCCAAAACUAGACCCAAAUUCAACUGAAUUCAAUGCCAAACACUGGAUCAAAAACCUGAGAUUAUUGCAAGACAAAGAUCCCGAUCAUUAUAAGCCUUAUCGACUAGGAGUUGCUUACAGAAACCUACAAUGCUAUGGUGGAAAUGUAGAUGCGGAUUACCAGGGAACAGUUCCUAACGUACUGGGUAAAGCAUUGAGAUUCUUUAAAGAAUUGGUGGUGCCAUCUAAAGACACUUUCGACAUAAUCAAGGCUCAGGAUGCAAAUAUUGAGCCUGGUGAGCUUGUGGUAGUGUUCGGCAGACCAGGUGCUGGGUGUACCUCUCUGCUGAAAACAAUCGCAGCUCAAACUUACGGUUUUCAUGUGGCCAAAAACUCAGAAAUGACUUACAAUGGAUUGACACAAAGUGAUAUUCGUGGGCGUUAUCGUGGAGAGGUUAUCUAUAACGCAGAAACGGAGAUACACUUCCCUCACCUAACCGUUUGGCAGACUCUUUACUUUGCUGCUUUGAUGAAGGUGCCCGAAAAUCGUGUUCCGGGCGUUUCUCGUCAAGAUUACGCAAGUCAUUUUGCAAAUGUGUAUCUCGCAAUGUUUGGACUUUCCCACCGCAAAGACACCAAGGUUGGUGGUGCAUAUGUGCGUGGAGUUAGCGGGGGUGAACGCAAGCGUGUUUCAAUCACCGAAGCAAGUGUAUGCGGCUCAAAGCUACAGUGCUGGGACAAUGCCACCAGAGGUCUGGAUGCCGCUAGUGCUCUUGAGUUUGUGAAAGCAUUGAGAAUAUCGUGUUCCACAUUAGAAAUAGCUUCACUGGUUUCCAUUUAUCAGUGCUCUCAGGAUGCUUAUAAUUUGUUUGACAAGGUGAUUUUGCUAUAUGAAGGCCGCCAAAUUUUUUUUGGCGACAUCCAUCGUGCAAAGGGCUAUUUCAUCAGAAUGGGAUUCCAUUGUCCUGAACGCCAAACCGUUCCAGACUUUCUGACAUCGAUAACUUCGGCUUCGGAGCGGAUUCCAGAGAAGGGUUUUGAGCAUCGUGUUCCUCGUACUGCCGAGGAGUUUGAGACAGCCUGGAAGAAGUCUCCAGAAUACGCAGAAUUGGCCGCAGAGCUAGACGACAAAUUCAACAGCAUAAACAGCUCACACGACGAAUUAACUAAUACAAUACAUGCUGGUCACCGUGCCGAACAAGCUAAGCAUGUCCCACCAUUGUCACCAUACACAGUCUCUUACUUUAUGCAAGUGCGCUACCUGACUGGAAGGGCUAUGUUGAGGAUCAGAAACAACUGGUCAGAGCCAGUUAGUUUGAUUGUUUCAAACUUUGCCAUUGCCCUAAUUCUUGGUUCUAUAUUCUACAAUUUGAAAGACUCCACCAGUGAGUUUUACCAUCGUGGAGCGUGCUUAUUCUUCGCAUGUCUGUUCAACUCCUUCAACUCUCUUCUGGAGGUAGUUGCUCUCUACGAAGCUCGUGGCAUAGUCGAAAAGCACAAGCAAUACGGAAUGUACCACCCUAGUGCUGAAGCUGUUGCUUCUAUUAUCUCUGAAUUUCCAAAUAAGCUGGCGACAUCUCUCAGCUUCAAUAUCACGCUCUAUUUCAUGGUGAAUCUGAAACGUGAAGCCGGUGCAUUUUGGUUUUUUUUCCUGAAUGCUUUCACUUCAACUUUCGUUAUGUCUCACAUUUUUCGGAUGAUUGGCUCAAUGACAAAGAAUCUUGCCCAGGCCAUGACACCUGCGUCGCUGAUUCUUCUUGGUCUCAGCACCUAUGUUGGUUUCAUUGUUCCAACGGACGAGAUGCUUGGAUGGUCCCGUUGGAUUAAUUACAUUGAUCCAGUCGCCUACACUUUUGAAGCCAUGAUGGUGAACGAGUUUCACGGGAGAAAUGUCUCAUGCGGUUCGUUUGUCCCUCAAGGCGGUUCCUAUGACGAAUUGCCAAUGGCCUACAGAGUGUGUUCGACAGUGGGAUCAGAAGUAGGAAAAGAGUAUGUUUCGGGUGACCAGUAUUUACUGGAGUCAUUUGGCUACAAAUGGGACCAUCGCUGGCGCAAUUGGGGUAUCCAAAUGGGAUACGUUGUAUUUUUCUUCUUCUUUUACACUCUGUUCACGGAAUUCAAUCCUAGUGCUCGUCAGAAAGGUGAGAAGAUUGUGUUUCAGCUCAAGACAUUGCGUAAGCUACGCAAGCUCCAGCGCCGACACAAAGAUGUGGAGAAUAGUGAUGAAAAGCUUACUACUGAGGACGAUCUUGACUCACGCGAAUCAACACCCCAAUCUGCCCCGGAGCAUCAUAUGGGUGGUGACGACAUUUUCCAUUGGCGCAAUGUCAGUUACCAAAUUCCAUGGAAGGGUUCUACACGGACACUGCUGUCUCAAGUUGAUGGUUGGGUCAAGCCCGGAACACUCACUGCUUUAAUGGGAGCUUCUGGUGCAGGAAAAACUACUUUACUGGAUGUUCUGGCUGACCGUGUGACGAUGGGUGUGGUCACGGGCGACAUGCUGGUGAAUGGUCAUCCCCGUACUUCAUCGUUUCAAAGAUCUACCGGUUAUGUUCAACAACUUGAUCUUCAUCUUGAGACCUCGACUGUCCGUGAAGCAUUAAUGUUCAGUGCUCAUUUGAGACAGCCAAGCAGUGUCCCUGAGGAAGAGAAGGUUGCCUAUGUUCGCGAAGUCAUCAGGAUUUUGGAUAUGGAAAAAUAUGCAGAUGCCGUUGUUGGUGUUCCUGGAGAAGGUCUUAAUGUUGAGCAACGUAAAAGAUUGACUAUUGGUGUUGAGCUGGCUGCAAAGCCGCAACUGUUGCUUUUCCUGGAUGAACCUACGUCUGGUCUGGAUUCUCAGACGGCUUGGUCUAUUUGCCAAUUGAUGAAAAAAUUGUCCAAUGAGGGCCAGGCUAUUCUGUGCACAAUUCACCAGCCUUCUGCUAUGCUUUUCCAGCAAUUUGAUCGACUUUUACUACUUCAACCUGGUGGUGAGACGGUUUACUACGGUGACAUCGGUGAAAAGGCCACCACUCUUAUCCAAUAUUUUGAAAAGAACGGCUCUAUUCCAUGUCCAAAAGAUGAUAAUCCAGCGGAGUGGAUGCUGAAGGCCAUUUCUCACGGUAAUACCGAUUGGCAUACCGUUUGGAUGCAGUCUCCAGAACGUGCUGGUGUUCAAGCAGAACUCGACAGAAUGGACCGAGAACUAGUGAAACGUCCCAUGGAAAUGGUAGACUCAAAUAGCUCGUUUGCGGUGCCAUUAUGGAUGCAAUAUCGGUAUGUUACCAAACGUGUCUUCGAGCAAUAUUGGCGCACUCCUUCGUACAUCUGGGCUAAGAUCAUAAAGGUGGUUCUGACAGCUUUGUUCAAUGGUUUCACGUUCUUCCAAGCAAAUAGAUCAAUCCAGGGCAUGCAGAAUCAGAUGUUUGCAGUUUUCAUGUACACUACAAUGUUUGCAACUUUGGUUCAGCAAAUGCUUCCUCAUUUCGUUGCUCAAAGAGAGUUGUAUGAAGCUCGUGAACGUCCAAGCAAAACUUUCAGUUGGGUUGCCUUUAUCUUGGCCCAAAUUUCAGUCGAACUUCCUUGGAUGGUUCUUGUGGGAACAAUGGGAUUCUUUUGCUGGUACUAUCCCAUAGGAUUUCAGAACAAUGCUGCAUUAACUGGAGCUACUCAUGUUCGUGGUGUGCAGAUGUGGCUCUUCGUUGUUCUCUUCACAAUGUACACCUCUACCAUGGGACAAUUGUGUAUUUGUGGUCUUGAAGUUCAGACAACGGCAGGCCAUAUUGCGACGUUUUUAUUUGCCAUUUCAUUGUCUUUCUGUGGUGUUCUUGUGACUAAGGCUGACCUUCCAGGUUUCUGGAUAUUCAUGUAUCGGUGUUCGCCAUUCACCUACUGGAUUAGUGGAGUUCUCAGUACAGGAUUGGCAAAUGCAAAGGUCACCUGUAGCUCCAAGGAGAUACUCUCGUUCCCCACCUUCAAUUCCACGGCUUGUGGUGAGUAUAUGGCUCCUUACAUGGCUGUCGCUGGAGGCUAUCUGGUGGACCCCGAAAGUACGACCACAUGUGAGUAUUGCUCUUUAGCCAAGACCAAUGUUUAUUUGGACUCGAUUAACGCUCCGUACUCGGAAUCAUGGCGCAAUCUGGGAAUUUUCAUUGCGUAUAUUGUCAUCAAUGCCACAGCAACAUGUGCUAUAUACUAUCUCGCAAGAGUCCCCAAGAAGGUCACAAUCGAGGUAAUUCGUCAUUGGAUCAUCAAAAGAUGGUCCAGAUCGCCUUCAAGUGUUAAAUAUCCGUCUAAAACUCUCAAUUGA